AUGAAUAUCGCAGAUCUCGUCUCCAGGGCACCCGGUGCCAACCGAAGCCGCGCUUCCUCCAAGUCACACCCCCGAGAUUCAAAUAUAUCCCGGGAUACUUCCCCCAUCUGUCACCCACAGCCGCUUUCUCUCAUCGACAUUCCCUGGCACCACAGCCACAGCGUCUCCACCGGCCGCCGGCACCACCACCCAGAUCUAGAUCUUUUUAUCAAGUACGCCCUCGAUCAGGGCCGGGAAUGGAUCACCAUGCGAAUGCCCUGGCACCAAGAGGGCAGCAGGACAGCUCCGUCACGCCCGGCCCGGGCCAGAGUGCAGGUGUGCAGUUACGCCGCGCGCUAUCGGCCGUACAAAGAGACCCCGGAGAAUAGGGGCCCGUGUACAGACUACUGGUUUGGCCGGCGCAGUGUGCAUGAGGAUGUUGCGAAAACGGGGUGUGCGAGCUUGGGGGAGCUGCGGGACUUGCUGAAAGAUGAUCAUGCUGAGAAUGAGAUGCGUUACAAUUCAGAUGUGGUGAACGUGGAGCGCGUGUCGACGUAUGACCUGUCAAAGGUUGCUGUUGGGGGAGGUUGGAGCGAUGUUACCGCCUGUGUCAAUUUGAUCACGCAUAAAUACCCAAUGUGUACCACGCGUUGUUAUACUAUUCUAGAAAUAACCGCCGCACUGCCCCCGGCCGCUACUCCCAAAGCUUCGCAGAUAAGCCCUUCUUUCAACCCCCAAGAUACCACCAACCCGCAAACCACAACCUCAGGAACCCCAGCCCGCCCGGGCUUUAUAAUCAUCCAGCUCCCGCUCCAGCACUCUGAGCUCCCGGAAGCAAAACAAACCAAAACCACCAACUGCAUAUUCGCCAACUACAUCUCCAUCGAGAUGGUUCGGCGCCUAGACGGCGUGCACAAGCGUCGAAUCGAGUGGACCAUGGCGACCGCAGCGCAUGCCGGGGGCUGGAUCCCUGCGUCGCUGCAGCGGAGCUGGCGACUGGGCGGUGUGCCGAAACAGAUUGUCAAGGAUGUUGGGUUCGUUAUGGCGUAUCUUGCAACGCAGCGGCGGGCGCGGUGA